AUGAUAUCACUUUCAGACCUUUACCAUGUUCUUACUGCUGUAGUUCCACUAUAUGUAGCAAUGAUCUUAGCUUAUGGUUCUGUAAAAUGGUGGAAAAUUUUCAGCCCUGACCAAUGUUCUGGAAUCAAUAGAUUUGUAGCUCUUUUUGCUGUUCCAUUGCUAUCUUUUCAUUUCAUUGCUUCCAACAAUCCAUAUGCAAUGAACUACAGGUUCAUAGCUGCUGACACCCUUCAGAAAAUCAUAGUUCUUUUUGUUCUAGCUAUUUGGUCAAGAGUUAGCUCAAGGGGAUCCCUUGAAUGGUCCAUUACUUUGUUUUCACUAUCCACUUUACCAAACACUUUAGUUAUGGGGAUUCCUUUGUUAAAGGGUAUGUAUGGUGAUGCCUCAGGAAGCUUAAUGGUCCAAAUUGUUGUGCUUCAAUGUAUCAUUUGGUACACUUUGAUGCUUUUCUUGUUUGAGUAUAGAGGGGCAAGAAUGCUUAUUGCGGAACAGUUUCCUGACACUGGAGGUUCCAUUAUUUCCUUUAAAGUGGAUUCUGAUAUUAUUUCAUUAGAUGGUAAAGAGCCAUUGGAAACUCAGGCUGAAGUUGGUGAUGAUGGGAAACUUCAUGUAACUGUUAGAAAAUCCACUAGUUCCAGGUCUGAAAUAUUUUCAAGAAGAUCCCAUGGUCCUAAUUCUGGCCUUUCAUUAACUCCUAGACCAUCAAACUUAACUAAUGCUGAGAUUUAUUCAUUGCAAUCUUCAAGAAAUCCAACUCCUAGAGGCUCAAGCUUUAACCAUACUGAUUUUUACUCAAUGGUGAAUGGAAAAAAUGCAAAUAUGAGUCCAAGGAAUUCCAAUUUUGGGAACUAUGGUCAUGAUGAGGAGAGUGGUGUUGCUGGAUUUGGGAGAGGAAAUGGGGUUUAUGGACAGGGAAAUGCAGGGUACCCUGCUCCUACUAAUGCUGGAAUCUUCUCUCCAGCCACUGGACCAGUUACAAAGAAGAAAGCUAAUGGUGGUACAGAAGGUGGAAAAGAUCUUCACAUGUUUGUUUGGAGUUCAAGUGCUUCACCAGUAUCUGAAGGAGGGAUUCAUGUCUUUAGGGGAGGAGGUGACUAUGGUAAUGAGCUUGGUGUUGGAGCCCACCCAAAAGAUUAUGAUGAAUUUGGCCGAGAAGAGUUCACAUUUGGAAACAAACAGAACCUGAAUGGAAAUGACCGGGAAGGGCCAGUUGUGCGCUCGAGCUCCACAACCGAGCUCCGUCCUAAGAUUGCUCAAGAAGAGACCAAGGCAACUGCCAUGCCACCAGCUAGUGUCAUGACCAGGCUCAUUUUGAUUAUGGUGUGGCGAAAACUAAUCAGGAACCCAAAUACUUACUCCAGCCUCAUUGGCCUAACUUGGUCCUUGGUCUCUUUCAAGUGGAAUGUUCAAAUGCCAGCGAUUAUAGCCAAAUCAAUAUCGAUUCUUUCUGAUGCUGGUCUCGGAAUGGCAAUGUUUAGUCUUGGUUUGUUCAUGGCAUUGUCGCCUAGAAUCAUUGCAUGUGGGAAAACAAUUGCUAUCUUCUCAAUGGGUGUGAGAUUCCUUACUGGUCCUGCAGUUAUGGCUGCUGCCUCCAUUGCAGUCGGACUUCGAGGUGUCCUUUUGCAUAUUGCUAUCGUUCAGGCAGCUCUACCUCAGGGAAUUGUUCCAUUCGUCUUUGCCAAGGAAUACGGCGUCCAUCCUGAUAUAUUGAGCACAGGGGUCAUAUUUGGUAUGUUAGUUGCUCUUCCUAUAACUUUGGUCUACUACAUUUUGCUGGGGCUUUGA